GAACGAACGAAUAAGCGAACGAACGAACGAGCGAACGAACGACCGAGCGAGCGAGCGAGCGAGCAGUCGGGCGGGCGGUCGAGCGGGUAGAAGGGCGGGCGGACAGGCAGGCAGGCAGGCAGGCAGGCAGGCAGGCAGAAAGAGAGCCGCGAAACAGGAGGGUAGGAGUGAGUGCGGUGUGCGCAACGGUGUGUCGUAUUCGGAGGAAGGGAGAGCCGAAGAAGAAAUCGGGACUUUCGGUGCGCGUCGCGCGCGCCUUGACCAAGCGUGCGACAAAGAAAGAGAAGGAGGAGUAGGAGGAGGGAGCGGGGAGGGAGAGGAAAGCACCGCCGUCCGAAGGCCGAGCGUGUGUGACAGUUCGCCUUCCGUGGUCCGACUCCUUCGCGUUUCGUGGCGGCGUAUCGCCUUUUUCUCCGCCUUGUGUUUUUCCACUUCCGCGUGUUGCGUGUUGCGUAUGCGUGCGUGCGUGCGUGCAUGCGUGUGUGUGUCCGUGCUGUGUGCGUUUAUCCGAUCCACCUUCUCCGUCUUACAUUUUGUUUUCUUUUUUCCUCCCUUUUUACGUUCCUAGUGUCAGCACUGCCAGCAAGCUAGUGUGCCGCUGUUGUCGUCGGUGAAGUGCUUCGCAAAGAGAGAGAAAGAUAUAUAUAUAUACACACACACACACAUACAUACAUAUACGUAUAUCUGUAUACGUGCUGUAUUAUUAUUAUAUUUCGGUGAGACAAGCGCGCGUGGCCUCGAACGUCGUUGUGUGUUAGUGGAAGAAGAGGAAGACGACGAAGGAGGAAAGAGGAGAGGAAAGAACGAAGGGGAACUGGCGGAGGUGGUGGUGGUGGUGGUGGUGGAGAAAGUGGAGAAGAAGAAGAAAAAGAAGCAAGGUGCUGGUGGACGACGCCUCUCGAGUCUUCUUCGUCGAGCACCACCGAGAUAUCAACUCUGUCGUCGGUACAGAAUGAAGGCGGACAGUGACGUCAAGUGAGAAGGAAAGGGGGCAACGUAAUAAGGAAGAAUAAAACUAAAGCCCCUUUCGUGAGGAGGACGCAUGCACUGACGAAAGCGGAGAAAAGGCUGAACCUCUGAGGUGUAAAACAAGGUAAAAAAAAAAAAAAACAAAAAAAAACAAAAAAAAAAAAGAAAAGAAAAGAAAAAAAAAAGAAAGAAAGAAAGAAAAGAAAAGGAAAAAAAAGUAAAAGACGAAACCAAGGAGGAACGCAACGGAUCACCGCCAAAUGCUAAUAGAAUUAGUCGAUGAAGAAAAAGCACCAGCAAGACACAAGAUACAAGCACGCAUACACAAAUACAUCUACAUACAAGAAAUAAAUAAUAAUAAUAAAAAAAAUAAAUAAAUAAAAAAUAUACAAUUUUCGUGGUAACGUGUGGAAAAGUGAGAGUGAGAGUGUACGAGGGAGAGUAAAAGAGAGAAAGAGAUAGUGUGUUUUGUGUGGUACAAAAGAAUAAGAGAGAGAGAGAGAGAGAGAGAGAGAGAGAGAGAGAGAGAGAGAGAGAGAGAGAGAGAGAGAGAGAGAGAGAGAGUCAGCGCGUGAAAGUAGUGUGCGUGGAAGAAGGAAAGAAAGAGGUAAACAAGCGGCAACAAGCAGAGCCAACGGCACGACAACAGCAAGAAGGAAAACAAGUCAAGAAUAAGAGAAGGAAGAAGAGAAGAAGCCGAACGAAGUCGUGGGCGUGAGCGCGUGUAAAUAAGAGCUAUUUUUUCGUAUGAUAAAGAAAAAGGACGAGAAGGCGGUAGGGUUUGUCGUUUCGAACGCGUGGAGAGGAAGAAGAAGAAGCCAAAGAGGAAUAGAAUACGUUCGAUGAUCCUUCAACGAAAUAUCUGAGAAAGAAAGAGGAGGUGGAGGAAGAAGAGGAAGAGAAGAAGAUAGAAAGAACUCUUCGAUCGAAGGGACAUACACGAAUCGUUUGGAUAUUAUAUCCUCCGUUUCGAUGCUCUUCGAUUCGAAUAGUCCACGCUUCUUCCUCCUGGCGUGGAAUCUUUUCUUCUUUUAGAGAGGAAGUGAGAGAGAAGCAAAAAGAUAAAAGGAAAUACACACACAAACACACACACAAACACACACACACAAACACAUAUAUAUAUAUACAUAUAUAUAUAUAUAUAUAAAACAGAGAAGGAAAGAUUGGACGUAGCGAUUUUCCGCGAGAAUCUUCCCUUCCCGCUGGUAGAUAGAAGGGAAAAGAAGAAGAAAAAGAAGAAUAGUAGUAGUAGGUUGACAUACGGUGCUGUAGUAGUGCUGGUGGCUGUUGUGGUGGUGAUUGUGUCUGGUGAGAGAAAGAUAGAGAAAAGAAAAAAGGAGAAACAGGAGGAGGAGGAGGAGGAGGAGAGCAGUCGAGCGGUAUCGAGAGGGCAGCCGUGCCCCAUGUUGUGAGCGUCUGAGGACUGCCGGGGGCAGAAGUGAAAGGGUGGGAAGGGUGCCGCGGGCAUGGAGUAUGGAGGCGGGGGCGGUGUGGGACGUGGGGGUGUCCAACCUCCCUCCGCAGGUGCGAGGGGCAUCGCAGGCACCGACACUAUCGACGCUGCGUGGCACAAACACGAACAAAUGAUCCUCAUGGAGUCCAGGCACAAGCAACAAUUGAGCGGGAGGACGGGGACCGGAGGGGCGCCCUUGUACGGGCGAUUGGUCGCCGAAGAGCCCAUGCCCCCAACGGUAUGCGGCGGUGGUGGUGGCGGAGGUGGUGGGGGUACCGGUGGGGUUCCGCAGGAGACCCCCGCGGACAUUCACGCCAUGCAGGCCAGGAUACCCCACAGAUUCCGCGAUCCAGCCACGGCACCCCUGCGGAAGCUCAGCGUCGAUCUUAUCAAAACCUACAAGCACAUCAACGAGGUUUAUUAUGCGAAGAAGAAGAGAAGAGCACAACAGAUGCAGGGAGAAGAUGGUUCGCAUAAAAAGGAAAGGAAGCUUUAUAAUGACGGUUGGGACGACGACAACCACGAUUACAUUAUCAAGAAUGGGGAAAAGUUCCUCGAUCGAUAUGAGAUCGAUUCAUUAAUAGGUAAAGGCAGUUUUGGCCAAGUAGUAAAAGCAUUUGACCACGAAGAGCAAACGCAAGUGGCAAUAAAAAUCAUCAAGAAUAAAAAACCUUUUCUAAAUCAAGCGCAAAUCGAAGUUAGGUUAUUGGAAAUGAUGAACAGGGCGGAUACAGACAACAAGUAUUAUAUAGUUAAACUAAAGAGGCAUUUUAUGUGGCGAAAUCAUUUAUGUUUGGUAUUCGAAUUGCUAUCGUAUAAUCUUUAUGACCUACUUAGGAAUACAAAUUUUCGGGGUGUCUCGUUAAAUUUGACAAGAAAAUUUGCACAGCAACUGUGUACUGCCCUCUUGUUCCUGUCUACGCCGGAAUUGAACAUCAUUCACUGUGAUCUGAAACCUGAGAACAUUCUUUUGUGCAAUCCCAAACGAAGCGCGAUAAAGAUAGUCGACUUCGGCAGUUCGUGUCAACUUGGUCAAAGGAUAUAUCAGUAUAUCCAGUCCAGGUUUUACAGAUCUCCAGAAGUUCUGUUAGGAAUACCAUAUGACCUCGCGAUAGACAUGUGGAGUUUGGGAUGUAUUUUGGUAGAAAUGCAUACAGGAGAACCUUUGUUUAGUGGGGCCAAUGAGGUCGAUCAAAUGAACAAAAUUGUCGAAGUAUUAGGCAUGCCACCAAAACGUAUAUUGGACCAAGCGCAUAAAGCGCGGAAAUACUUUGACAAAGUCCCCACGGAUGGCUCGUAUGUGCUGAAAAAGUCCAAAGACGGUAAAAAGUAUAAACCUCCUGGUACAAGGCGGUUACACGAAAUUUUGGGCGUUGAAAGUGGCGGUCCUGGUGGUAGAAGGAUAGGUGAACCUGGUCACUCCAUUUCUGACUACCUCAAAUUUAAGGACCUAAUUCUACGAAUGUUGGAUUUUGAUCCAAAGACGAGAGUUACGCCAUACUACGCGCUUCAGCACAAUUUCUUUAAGAGAACAGCCGAUGAGGGGACCAACACGAACAUUGCUGCUGCAAAUAGUGCAAAUACAAGUCCAGCAGUGGUGUCUAUGAGCCAGGAUCAUGGACUGGUAACCAUGUCAGGACAGGGCAGCAGCAGCAGCGGUAGUCUGAUGCAAGUGUCAAGCCUCCCUGGUAGCUAUCAACCCAUGGAAUGUGAGGCUUCACCUCGUCAUUCAAGUAGUCGGCGCGGCAUAACAACAGGCUAUCCAUCAACAUCAGCCACUGGGGUGUCUGCGUCCACUUCGAUGUCCAUGCAGCCCAUGGACAACAACUCGCUGAUACCAAGCUCUCUUGGAUCGUACAAUAGCCUAAUUCUACCUGGUAUACCCCAUCUGCCUGCGAUGAUGACCUCACCGAUGAUACAGCAGCAAAACUUCUAUAAUUACGGUUACUCGACGACCGAUACACAUGGGAUGGUUAGACAGCCGUCGACGGUCUCAACCGGUAAACAGAGAGAUCCGGAAAGGGAAGAUAGCCCUAUGGUUGGGGUGUGCGUCCAACAAAGUCCAGUCGCUAUCCAUUGAAUUAGAAAAGGAAAUAACGGAGGACAAUACAGAUGUUACGAUCGUGGGACCGUAGAAAACUAUUAAACGGUUACGAAUCGAGCUCGUGGCAUGUUUAGAGUAUUGUCGUGGCGUCAACGAAGAAGAGAAGAAAACUAGGAAAGGAAGCGUACAGCUUGAAGUCGUCCCCAAACAUUAGUUUAUCAAGUACCAAGACAAGUAGUGUAAUAUUAUUGAUCACUAUGACAGUGAACCCUAUAGCUUUUCGGAAUUGGUUUGACUGAUCGACGUAGAGAAGAAGAAAAUGAAGAAGAAAAAUGAAAAGACGAUGACGAUGAAGAGGAAAUAGGACAAAAAGGAAACAAAAGAAAAAUGAAAAAGAUGAAAUUACAUGGAAAAACGCGUAUUCCAAAGCAAAUCACAAACGAAGCCUUCGUCUCUGAACCAAGAGAUAUUAUACCAGAAUGGAGACGUACUUUAAGCGUGAUAACAUUUAAUGACGCCGUGAAGAUACUGAUAAGUAGGAAAAAGCUAAGAAAAGGAAAGAACGAGGGUAACCUCUUUUUCUGUUACUUUUUUUUACAUGCUGACUGGCCCUAUAUUGGGCAUGGAUAUAAUAACUAGCACAGAAGAUUUAUGAAACUUUUCGAGCACGGACAGACAGUUAUGGUCUAGUGAGGAUGAACCCAGCUGGCCUCGUGGGUCCUGCCCGAUUCUGUAGACACUUUGAACAGUUUAGUCGAUAUAACAUUAAGAAGAAGCAGAAGGAAGGGGAAAAAAAAAAAAACAAAAGAAAAAAAAAACAAAAACAAAAACUUUCGGCACCCAAACUGUGUGGCCUAGAGAGCAAAAAAGUGAUAAUUACUAUUAUUGCCGCGUAAAAAGAAGGAAGAAGUAAGAAUUACCAAUUUAAGCAUGUACUCCAAUAGAGUUUUAUACACGAUGUCACGAAUGUAAACGGUUAGGAAAUAAUUGCGAGCAAACAAUUGUGUUGAAUGCUGGUGUUAUUUGUACAAUACACUUAGGUGAAUGAUAAGAGUGCAGCUUUAGGGUUUAGCUUGUAAGUGUGGGAGGAGGAAACACAGACAUUGUAAACACAAUUCUUUUUAUUUACUUUGAUGAAAAAUGAGGAUAUUGCAAACGUCGGUUUGUUGCUAAAGAAGGACUUUAAACAAACGAAGUUUGCGCAGCUUAACAACAAUACAUAUUUAUACAUAAAAACAGUAAUAAGAAAGUUUAAAAAAGCAGUAUACACGUAAGAUCGAUCAAGAAUGGUAUAAUCAUACGAAAAACCUAGGUACUUUAUAAUAAACAAUACGCGCGUAUUCACAUACACAUGUUUCCAAUGCUAAUCGUCAUUGAUUUUUGCCGUUUGCUCUGAUGAUCAUUUAUUUCUUAUCGCAUGAUUUAGGUUUAAAUUCUUUUCAAGUUGUCAGCUUCACUUCUUUGUUUUCUUUUUUUUUCUUUCUGUUUUUUUUUUCUUUUUUUUUUUUUUUCUUUUUAAUAAAUAGGAUUCCUUCCAGUCGAUUACUUUAUUUUAUUCUAAUUUCGUAUAAAGACUACGAGUAUUCAUGAGAUACAGAUAGAUAUAUAUAUAUAUAUAUGUAUAUAUAUGUUUGUGUAUAUAUAUAUAUAUAUAUAUAUUCGUAUAUAUAUAAACAAAUAUAUAUAUGUAAAAUAUAUAUAUAUAUGUAUGUAUGUAUAUAUAUAUAUAUAUAUGUGGUGCAAAAAAUGCGUUCAAUAUUUCUGAUUUUACUAAAUUUCAAUUGCCGCGAGUGUAUUUUCUGAAUACGCUACCAUUUGUAGGUGUAGUAUAGUACCUGAAGGCAGACUAAAUGCAAUUGAAGUAGUAAGUCUUUAUACAGCGCAGAUGUGACCGGCAACAAUAUAAAUUUUAAUAGUCAUCACUAAUGUAAUAUUACAAAAGAAGGAGUCCUAGUGAAUUAUACAUGUUGCUUAUCAUCUUCCUUAAAUAGCAAGCAGUAAAAAUAUUUUUAUAUGGAAACAGUUCAAUUGUAUCAAUAUCUUCAUAAUCGUCUUACAAUCGAUAGCCUACGAUGUAUUAUGAGAUAGAUAAUAAUGGCAAUUUGUCUCUCUUCCAUUUUCUAUCAAUAUUAGACACAUAUACAAAUAUUACAUUUUGCUUUCAUUUGUGCGACGCAAAAUGUAAAUUAUAGAAAGAAAAAAGAAACAAAUUUACUUCAAAAUAUCGCAUUAUGUAAGAAUAAAAGCCACAUGUAUAAUUCAUUGAUCACUUGGUCGAUAUCGAUAUUUUUUUCUUUCUUUUUUUUUUUUUUUUGGUUUUCUCUUUUUCUUUUUUUUUUCUUUUUUUUUCUUUUUUUUUCUUUUUUUUUUUUUUUUACACUUCGUUGCGGUGUGUUAAUUUAUUGUUUUUCUUUUCUUGUAUAAAAUCUGCAAUAUCAAAUAGUAGUCUUAAAUAAUAUUUCCACUGUAUGAUUGUGACUGUUGACAAAAAAGAGCUUGACCUAAAAAAGAUGAUAGAUAACUGGAAUUCCUAGCACUGCAUUUGAAAAGACAUAUAUCUCAUAGCCAAGUUCGAAUCCAAAAAUUCAUUUUGUAUUAGUUGUUAAUGUAUAUGAAACAUAAUACACAGUCUUCAGUAGUUGAUAGAAAUGAUAUAUUUUAUCAGCUAUUCUGUCUGCUGCGAAUUAUUUUAAUCGUGCAGACUUUGAAAUGAUUUGUAUAUUUUUAUACAGCUGCAAUCAGAAAUUCUCAGAAGUACAUUUUUGACAUAAGCACAUUAGCAUUUUCAAGUUAAACUUGAAGGUUCACGUUCAUCGUACCCGCGCAUCGACUUUUCUUAAUUAUUAAAGGAAUAAACAUUUUUAACGAUAGACACGUACAUAUAUAUUUAAGUCCUGCUUGUAAUUCUUGAAUUUCUACGAUUCCUUGGGUAUAUAUAUUAAAAACACGAAAGUGAAAUGAGUCCAUGUCGUGAUUAGGGCGGAUUUGAAAACGAUUUGAUAACUAUUCGAUGACAUUACAUAGAAGAGGAUACAACAUCGUAGCAGAAGGCGUAUCGAAGAUCGAAAGGCAGUUAUAUUCUCGCACAAUACAUGCAGGACAUGACUAAGUGUGUCGCAUUUGACCAUCGAUAACUUUUUAAUAACUUCAGCAGUACAAGCUGUACGUGGUGUUUGAUCUAUCAGAAGUAAAGAGAUUAAUCGCGAAACGUUAAGGAUUUUCUAUGAUAAAUUCUAACGUUAUCUCGAUCUCAAAAAAAAACGGCAAAAAUCAGUACACACUAUAAAUAUAGAUAAUGUGUGAUUUCACACGUGCCCUCUUCCGAAUCCAUGUUGUUAGUCACUGUGCUCAUUAUUCUAACAAUGACAAUGAAGUUAUCGGUUCUGCAAUUUUUAACAAUUUCACUGCUGUAUCGUAUGUCUUUUAUUCGUAUACGGCCUUAGAAUAUCAAGAAUUAGAAUUCUUUUCGUCGUAAUUUCCGAUGAAAUUAUUUUCAAGUUUGCCGUUAUGAUGAUAACGAUAAUGAUUUGUACUUGGAUCGAGAUCUAAUAAUCAUUUACAAACUUUUAUAUAAAAAAAAAAAAAAAAAGAGAAAAAAAAGAAAAAAAAACAAAAAAACGUCGUCGUACAUAUUAUUUUUAUGCAUUCACACAUUAUUUUUAUGUGCAUUUGAUUGAAUAAAGAUAAACAAAAAAUAAAUAAAUAAAUAAACAUACUGUACAGUACCGAAUGAAAAAAUAAUUAUGGUCUCUAAUUUUUUCUAAGCGACUUGUGGGCACAGUGUCAUCUUUGGCAAUGCAUCGAAGCAUUUUUUUUUUUUUUUUUUUUUUUUUUUUUUUUUUUUUUUUUGACGAUUGUUGAUUUUAACUGAAUAAUUAUUAUUGUUUAUCUGUAUCAAAGUGAUUGGUUAUAUAAUAUAACUUUUAGUGAAUUUAAGAAGAGCUAGUUAAAAAAAAAAAAAAAAAAAAAGAAAAGAAAAAGGCGAUUGCCGUCGAGAUUUAAAUUUAGAGACAAUUUUUUCGGGGCAGAGGGGCGCAGUUCGAACGAUUCUUGUACUGGAGAAGUAUCUCGACGCGAUUGUACGAGAGAGAAAGAGAGAGAAAAUGUGUGUGUGAGAGAGAGAGAGAGAGAGAGUGAGUAUAAAAGAGAGAGAGAGAGAGAGAGAGAGAGAGAGAGAGAGAGAGAGAGAGAGAGAGAGAGAGAGAGAGAGAGAGAGAGUGGAUUAAUAAGGAAAAAUUGAAAAACUGUUAGCGAGCGUGCCGGAUGGCUACACGAACACAAAUUUUUAAUGAUGGAACAAAAUUCCUAAUCACAGACGAUAUCAUAUUGUGAUGCAUAUAUAUACAUAUAUAUUAAUUUUUCUUUCCUGUGGAAAAGCAUCUUUAUCGAGAUUGAUUUUAAAAAAUUGCUUCAUACUUCAUUGUAUCUUUGACACAUGCGCAUUAUUUAUUGACAGUUAUUAUUACCCUGGAAAAAUUUGUCCACACUCAACAAUUGUCGCAAAAUGCAGAGUAUUUAAGCCAAUUAGCAAACCACAGAGAUGUAUACACUUACAUAGAAGUAAGAGCUAGCCGUAAUUCAUGUUCCAAAUGAUUUGCUUUUCGUACUUUAAAAAUGCUUGUCUGAAAAAAAGAAGGAAAAGAAGAAAAAAGAAAAGAAAAGAAAAAAAGGAAAAAAAAAGAAAAGAGAAAUCUUUUUACCAUCGAGUAAAAUCGCAUUUUCUUUCUUGAUUCGUCAUACAGACAACAUUAUACACCAUUAUAUACCAUCGAAGGCUAAGGAAAACGCGUGUAGAUCCUUUCUUUGUUAUGAUCGUCCCAGUUCAUAUCGCAUUAAAAUCAUAUAAACGAUAAAUGACUCAUGAAAACAUAAAAAGAAAAUUCGCCAAGCGUAUAAAGCAAAAAUCAAAUCUUCCCCCAUCGGAAAAACGUAUUUUCACCUACAUCGUUUUUAAUUUUCGCAAUCACAGUGAGGAGAUUAAUACACCUCUUGUGCCUCUUAUAGCCAUUAAAAAAAAAAAUCUUUCUUCCGUGUGCAUUGCUUGUAUUUUACAUAAUAAUCUUUUUAGAAUACGAAAGAAGAGAGAAAGGGCGUUUUGUGCCCAAAAGAUAAAAAUAAUAUGAUCGAACGACGUUGACGAAAGACUUAAUUAAUUUGUAUAACGACGAAACUUAAUUUCUGAAUCUUUGGAACAUGUUGCGGCCGGAGUAAAAUAACAUAAGUUUCCUAACUUUAUGUGUAAAAACAUUGUGUUCAGAAAAUAUGCUAUAAUACGACUGAUAUAUACCUGAGUUGGCGGCAUGCGAGCGUCUUUUGAGAAUUGAGCAUGUCGAACCGAUAUCUUGAUAUCUCCUUCGGCGAUGGCAUGUACCACCAAAUUGGGUUAAAAAAAAAAAAAAAAGAAAAAAAGAAAAAAAAAUAUAAAGGAUGAAUGCAGAAAAAAAGAAGAAGAAAAAAAAAUGCAAAAGAGAGAACAAACUGAAUUAUGAAACAAAAACCGAUUUAUUAAGAUGAAGAAAAAAAUUAACAAAACUCCAUGCAAGAUGAAGAAAAAGUUGUAUCUAACCUGUAUACAUUGUCAUAUUAUUAUUAUGAUUAUUAUAAUUAUUAUUAUAUAUAAUAAUGUAAUUGAGAAUUUGAAACGAUAUUACAUAAGGUUAAUAAUAAACAAACGCAUCUUCACCUUU